GAGCGGCGAGGUACCAUGGCAGUGUUGGUGGCAGCGGCAGCGGCGCGAGCCCGGAUCCUGCAGAUUUCUUCCAAGUUGAAAUCCACCUGGUAUUCAUCAUCAUCCUUCUCUUCUUCACUGCCAACUGUAAAACUCUUCAUUGAUGGGAAGUUUGUUGAAUCCAAAAGUGACAAAUGGAUUGAUAUCCAUAACCCAGCCACCAAUGAGGUAAUUGGACGGGUCCCUCAGGCCACCAAGGCUGAAAUGGAUGCAGCUGUUGCUUCCUGCAAACGUGCUUUUCCUGCAUGGGCAGACACUUCAGUAUUAAGCCGUCAGCAGGUUCUGCUCCGCUAUCAACAACUUAUUAAAGAAAACUUGAAAGAAAUUGCCAAGUUAAUCACAUUGGAACAAGGGAAGACCCUAGCUGAUGCUGAAGGAGAUGUAUUUCGAGGCCUUCAGGUGGUUGAGCAUGCCUGUAGUGUGACAUCCCUCAUGCUGGGAGAGACCAUGCCAUCCAUCACCAAAGACAUGGACCUUUAUUCCUAUCGUUUGCCUCUGGGAGUGUGUGCAGGCAUUGCACCGUUCAACUUUCCUGCCAUGAUCCCUCUUUGGAUGUUUCCUAUGGCCAUGGUGUGUGGAAAUACCUUCCUGAUGAAACCAUCUGAGCGAGUCCCGGGAGCGACUAUGCUUCUUGCCAAGUUGCUCCAGGAUUCUGGUGCCCCUGAUGGAACACUGAACAUCAUCCAUGGACAACAUGAAGCUGUAAAUUUUAUUUGUGACCAUCUGGACAUCAAAGCAAUCAGCUUUGUGGGAUCUAACCAGGCAGGAGAGUACAUCUUCGAGAGAGGGUCAAGACAUGGCAAGAGGGUUCAAGCCAACAUGGGAGCGAAGAACCAUGGGGUAGUCAUGCCAGAUGCCAAUAAGGAAAAUACCCUCAACCAACUGGUUGGGGCAGCCUUUGGAGCUGCUGGUCAGCGCUGCAUGGCUCUUUCAACAGCAAUUCUUGUGGGAGAAGCCAAGAAGUGGCUGCCAGAGCUGGUGGAGCGCGCCAAAAACCUGAGAGUCAAUGCAGGUGACCAGCCUGGAGCUGAUCUUGGCCCUCUGAUCACGCCCCAGGCCAAAGAGCGAGUCUGCAAUCUGAUUGAUAGUGGAGCAAAGGAGGGAGCAUCCAUCCUUCUUGAUGGACGAAAAAUUAAAGUAAAAGGGUACGAAAAUGGCAAUUUUGUUGGACCCACCAUCAUCUCGGAUGUCAAGCCAAAUAUGACCUGUUACAAAGAAGAGAUUUUUGGUCCAGUUCUUGUGGUUCUGGAGACAGAAACAUUGGAUGAAGCCAUCAAAAUUGUAAAUGACAACCCAUAUGGAAAUGGAACUGCCAUCUUCACCACUAAUGGAGCCACUGCUCGGAAAUAUUCCCACCUGGUGGAUGUUGGACAGGUGGGAGUGAAUGUCCCCAUUCCAGUGCCUUUGCCAAUGUUCUCAUUCACUGGCUCUCGAUCUUCCUUCAGGGGAGACACCAAUUUCUAUGGCAAACAGGGCAUCCAAUUCUACACUCAGUUAAAAACCAUCACUUCUCAGUGGAAAGAAGAAGAUGCUACUCUUUCUUCACCUGCCGUAGUCAUGCCUACCAUGGGCCGAUAGAAACAAGUUCAUCCUAAGUAAUCUCUAUUUUUGACCAGCUUUAUUUGCCAACUUUGUUCAGAUCAGAUGCCUGGAAUUGAAAUACAUUGUAACUAAAAUCUUCCUCAGGACUGUAGCCCCUGCAAAGUUGCUAUAGGGAGACUCCUAGUGUAACACAGAAAGCAGAAUUUUCACUUGUUCUUCACACACUAUUUUUGAGGUAACUGUUGUAUCUGUGAAGUGCUUAUCUGGAAUGAGGGCUUAAACCUAUUUUCUAAAAAUU